AUGGUGAUUGAUUUCACUGCUUCAUGGUGUGGACCUUGCAAACUUCUGGACCCAGUUAUUCAAGAGUUUGCGGCAAAAUACACAGAAGUUGAGUUUGUCAAGAUUGAUGUGGAUGAGUUAAUCGAAGUGUCUCAAGAAUUCCAUUUACAGACAAUGCCAACUUUCAUGCUGAUUAAAAAAGGCAAAGUGGCUGAUAAUGUGGUGGGUGUAACAAAGGAGGAGCUACAAAGGUUGAUUGAGCAACAGAAAAUAAGUGUGAUCAUGCACUAUAAUAAAAUCAGCAAGGCUCUUCAGCAUAAGGGAACGAGGAAAGACCAACAAAUCAUAAGAAGAUGA